AAAACUCACAGUUUGUACAUCAAAAUAUAGUCUAGUAGGUUUGCAAUAUUGGUGAGGGCAUGGUCUUGAUAGCGUAAUUUACAUAGUAACUAGUCAUGAAUCCAUGAUUAGUUUGAGCUUGAUCUUAAACCUAGUGGUUAUAAGAAGUAUAAAAAUAAUAGUUCCAAAUCAUAUCACCCCGCCCAAUCGCUAAAGGUUCAUUCAUUCAUUUUCUUUGGCUCUUUUGUUUCCAUUUAUUGGCUUGAAUGUUGUUGAUCUCAGUUUAAUCAGGGCAAGUGUAAUAACGACCGGGUUUUACACGGUGAUGUGGGGCAAAGCCAAGGAAGUGUCCAUGGUCGAAGAUGACAAGAACAACAAGGCGGAUCCGAUCGAAACUGGCACUGAUUGUCCAUCAUCAGGUCCAGAAAAGGCUCCAUUCUUGGAAAGUUACAAGAAUGAUGAGCAUGUCUAAACUAUCAUCAAUCAGUCAAGAUAGCUCUAUAAUAUAUGUCUGAAAAUUUCAUAUGUGAAUGUCUUUUAAAUUUAUUAGACGAGACAAAUGUGAUCUUUAAUUUUAGAAAUUAAGUUUCUUCUAAUCACAAUUUUAUAGAUCUGAAGUAUGUAUCUUAACUUAAUUAAGCUGCACAAUAAUGAUUAUGACAUCCAUGAUAAUUGGAACUUAGUCAAAUCCCAUAAACUUGAAGGUCUUAUUUUCCUAAUAAAAUAGUUUUAAGUUUGAGAAGUACAAGAUAAUAACAUUGGUCAAACACCUCACAAACAGAGUUUCAGAUUCAGACAGAUCUUCAAAGUACCAAAAGGAAGAGAAUCAUACAAAGAUGGCUGGGAGAUUCUGUCAGAGAGACGGCUGGAUCAUGACGGCGAUGGUGGCGGUUGUGGUCUCCGACGUCGGAAUGAAUACUCUGUUCAAAGCGGCGAGCUCAAAGGGAAUGAGCUCAUACGUCUUCCUCGUAUAUUCUUAUGGAAUCGGAGCUCUUCUUCUCCUUCCUUCUCCUUUCCUCGCCCACAGGUCAAGAUCUCUACCACCUUUAAAGUUCUCAGUACUCUGUAAAAUGGGACUUCUUGGUCUACUUGGAUGUGUGUAUUUGAUGUUAGGUUACACAGGAAUCAAAUAUAGCUCUCCUACUUUGGCUUCAGCUAUGAGUAAUCUUACUCCUGCUUUCACCUUCAUCUUCGCUCUUCUCUUCGGAAUGGAGAAGGUAUCUAUAAAGAAAAAUAGCAGCUUCGCCAAAGUGGUGGGCACACUAGUUUCUAUAGUAGGUGCACUUGUAGUCACUCUCUACCAUGGCCCAAUCAUCUUCGCCGCAUCUCAGCCGUCCGUUUAUCUUCCUCAGCCUCUCUCGCCGCCUCCAUCCCCACCGUCAAAUUCUAAUUGGGUCACCGGCGGAUGUCUCCUAGCCCUUGAAUACACUCUCAUCGCCAUCUCGUACAUCAUACAGACACAUAUUAUGAGGGAAUAUCCAUCGGAGUUUGCCUUGGCACUUUCCCACAAUAUUUGCGUUUCAGUCUCUUGUGCGUCUGUUAGUCUUUUCGUAGAGAAAAACAAUCCAAGCGCGUGGAUUAUGAGAUCGAGUAUAAUGUUGAUAUGCAUCGUUGCAACGGGGAUGGUAAACUCUACGGGCUAUGUUGUGGAGUCGUGGACGGUGCGACAUAAGGGACCAUUGUUCCUAGCAAUGUUCAGGCCGUUAGCUAUAUUAACAGCGGUUGUAUUAGGCGCGAUUUUUCUAGGCGACUCCCUCUAUCUGGGAAGUGUGAUUGGUGGAACAUUGAUAUCGAUAGGUUUUUACACUGUUAUGUGGGGAAAAGCAAAGGAAGAGAAGUCCGAUAUCGAUACCCAUCAUGCUGCUUCAUCGUCACAUUCCAAGAGAGUUCCACUUUUGAUGAAUUACGCGGCUGAGAAGCAAGUGUAGUAACAUCUCUUGUUUGUUCAGCAACAGUUUCAUUUUCAGGGUUUCGGGUGUCUAUAAUUCAUGUAUUCAGAUGGUCCUGAGUCCGGAACAAUCUACUGGCGGAACCAGGACCAACUGUAAAGCAAUUAGGAUCAUGGGGUUGGUUUAUAUAUAUAAAACGCAAGCGACAUUAAGUAGAA